CGUAAUGCUAUAGUGUUAUAAAUAAUGACCGGAAUAUUUAACACCUGCUCACUACCAUUAACUUUUCGACCGUACCCCUGCGAAGUUCCGUCUUGUUUUCUACGAACCUACUGCGGAAGACCAAAACUUAAAUGAUGGUCAUAUUACAGAGAGCGUUGUUGGGAAGUCACAACGUCCGAUGAAGUCAAUACCUGACGAGCAACGCGAAGGCAAGGCUGCCCAGGAACCGGAAAUUCAUUCGUGCCCAGGACCCCAUUGUACAUGUGCCGACCAUCUCCCUUUCUCCCCUCGAGUCUGGAGAUUAUCAGGCAUUGUGGCUCAACUGUUUUCGCCUAAAGUAGGGCAUCUCAGCAGCAAAGCUGGUAACGCCUUUACAUUCACACUGGAAGUUUCAGCCUAUAAAACACCUGCCUGCUACUAUGUCUUUGCAUCAUUCCCUUCCACAAACUCCAUCAUGUUUACUUCCCGCUCCAUCAUGUUUGCACUGCUCAGCUUCCUCGCUGGCGCCAAUGCGUGUUUACAGUGCCCAGAUACAUUGAAUGUCGGCGGUAGUACCAUUAAUCUACACGAUACCUACCCAGAGGACACGGAUACAUUUUGCUCUUACACCUCAUCGGUGUGGUGUCAGUAUUACACCGUAAGUGCUUUCUGGAUAUUGUGCAGCUUAUUGUUCUCGGUUGACAUGCUAGCGAUGGCAUCAGGACAACGGCCAGUUGCAAUUUGGGAAUAAGGCUUGUCCGCGUACAGUAACUUUGAGGGGUCCCUGCUGAAUGUGAUGUAAAGAGGUGGGGAGCCGAGACACCCAACAGCUCGUCUGCGGGCAGCCGAAUAUAUGCCAGUAGAUUACCAUCUGUUACGAGAAUUAGUCGCGUCUUGCCUUGGCCACUCCAUAUGGACUGAGGGUGGCAGUUUGACAGUGAAUACCACUUGAUCCCAGUGAGGCUGCUAGCACGUUCAGCUGCUAUCAGUGAGGCAACUUUAGAU